AUGCCUGCUGUCUACGUAAAAGGGGGCGUGUGGACUAAUGUGGAGGAUGAAAUCCUCAAAGCAGCUGUUUCAAAGUACGGGCUCAAUCAAUGGGCGCGCGUAGCGUCGUUGCUUGCACGCAAGACUGCCAAGCAGGCCAAGGCGCGCUGGAACGAGUGGCUUGAUCCGCAGAUCCGCAAAACCGAAUGGUCGCGUGAGGAGGACGAAAAGUUGUUGCACUUGGCAAGGUUGAUGCCGAACCAGUGGCGGACUAUCGCGCCGAUUAUCGGACGCACCGCCACGCAGUGUGUGGAGCGCUACCACAAGCUUUUGGACGACGGGGAAACCGAUUUGGGGUUCUCUGGACCGGGAGUUGAGGCCAUGGACACCAGUUUAAAGGUGGGCGACCUCAAUGUCAACCCUGAGAGCAAGCCCGCGCGCCCAGACGCGGUCGAUAUGGACGAUGACGAAAAGGAAAUGUUGUCUGAAGCGCGUGCACGGCUUGCAAACACCCAGGGAAAGAAAGCCAAGCGCAAAGCGCGCGAGCGGAUGCUAGAGGAGAGCAGACGGAUAGCGGUUUUGCAAAAGCGCCGCGAAUUGAAGGCGGCUGGGAUUACCAGCAAAUUGCGCGUCAAGAAGAAACACCAGAAGGAGUUGGAUUACAACGCAGAUAUCCCGUUUGAGGUGCUGGCUGCUUCCGGGCGGUUCGAUGUUGACGAAGAGGACAAGCGAAAUGCCCACGAGAAGGCAACGUAUGAAAGAGAGGUCCAGAGGACAGGGAUCCACGACAAGCGGGAGCACAAGCGGAGGGACAAGUUGCGAACACACGAUGACGGAAAUGUGACCGAGGGGAGCUCCACCGUAGUAGCCGCAGCCGCUCCAAAGCGGGGAGUGUUAGUAUUGUCGGAGCCAAAGGGGGCUGAAGUUAUUGAAGAUGAGGACAUUGACGAUAGGAUUGUUAACAAGGCCAGGGAGUUGAAAUCAUUGAUUGGAAGUCAAUCGGUUUUACUUAAUGAAACACAAGAAGCACUGGAAGUACAAGAGGUAAAGCGGACGGCUACGUUUGACAGAGCCCCAAAGAGGCUAAAGGUCAGUGUGGCAAAGGAAAAGACAGCCAAGGUGUCAAAGCUCCGCGCUGUAUUUGCAAGGCUACCCCCACCGGUCAACGAGUAUGAAAUCAUUCUCCCGGAUCAAGACGAGGUGGUGGAGAGUGCCGUCGAGGAAACCGUGGUGGCUGAUGUUGGUGUCCUUGCGAGUGCGAUCGAGGCGGAACAGGAGGACGCCAGACAAAAAGCCUUGGGCAGGCGAUCACAGGCGGUGCAGCGACUGUUACCAAUUCCAAACAUUCAGACAGUGACCUUCGGGUCGUCAGAUCCGGUACACCGGGAAAUUGUUCAACUUAUCAAAUCGGAUUAUGCCAAGGCAAAUGGUGACUCCGGGAUGGUCCAGGAUCUUGACGAGGCAUCGCAGGAUGCGGUGCAGGCAGAGAUUGCCAAAGAGAUUACCCUUGCUGGCUUGGCAGAAUUCCAAAAAGGCAUUGUUUCACUGACAUUUGCGGAGGCGGUGGUGGAAUAUAAUGCUGAGAGGGUAUCCCGUGAUCUCAACCAUCUUAUUGAGGGUAACCGGUCGUUAGAGCGCAGCGUGCAGCAGAAGUACACUGCGUUCUUCAGCACGUAUCACAGCUACCAGGACACACUUGAUGCCAGGCUGCAAGAGCUCCAGCACCAGUUGGUGAAGCAAAAGACCUACGCUGCCAUUUUUGAGAAUGAAAAGUUGGCGAUUGAAGCGGUUCGUGGGAGGUUGCAAGAAGAUGUCGAUGCGGUGAGUCAGAUAGAUCUGGCGGCGCAAAGACGGUACAACGAGUUUCACCACUUCUUGCAAGCCAUGGACUCCAAUCUCCUUUCGAUCCCCCUUCGCAAAACCCAUUAUAUCCCCAUUGGCGACGAGUUGCGCGCGAUCAUCUCCAACGAGUACUUCCAGUUGGCGAGCGUCUUUGAGGCAGAUCUUUGCGAGGUUGACCUCCAGCGAAAGAACAUCGUGGAUGUUGCCACGGACUCCACCGGUGAAACUGCCCUUAAGACGUACGGAAGACAGCUCAGCGCCUUGGAGCAAAAGUUUCCCGCAGACGCCGUUGCGUUCCCAUGGUACGGCACUUUAGGCUACUCCUCUGGCGUGGUUGAGCAGCGCUCCUUCGCGUAUGAGCGAGUGAAUGUGGCCUACAAUCUCGGUGCACUUGCGGUACUCCGCGGUGUCGCACAGUCACGCGACAGUGAGGACGGCUUGAAGCGGUCAUGUGCGCACUUCCAGACCGCCGCGGGCUACUUUGCGCUCACGCGCGCACAGGCGCGCGACGUGCCGCUUCCGUUGGACAUGCAGGACGCGGUGCUCACGUGUAUCGAGCUGCUCGCGCUUGCACAGGCACAGGAAACUUUCUGGCAGAAAGCCGUGGCGAGCCGAAUGAAGGAUAGCGUCGUUGCGCGGUUGGCGGUCCAGGUGGCCGAGCUCUAUGACCAGGCCUUGCGCCACGCCAAAAUCUGCGACGUGAUGCGUGCCGAGUGGAUCAGCCACAUGACGGUGAAGAAGUUCCAUUUCCAGGCGGCUGCACAGCUCCGUGCAGCGCGUGUCAGUUCUGCUGCCGCCGCGUACGGCGAAGAGGUCGGUCGGCUCCGGGCCGCGGCCAAAGCCUGUGACCAAGCGCUUUCCUUUAAGAAGCGCGUUUCGCAGAUGGUCAUCGAUGAUUUAACCAGCUUGCGGGUCUCGGUAAACAGUCUUUUGACGAAAUCAGAGCGUGACAACGACUUGAUCUACCUCCAAGCGGUUCCAGGUGAGACCGAGUUGCCUUCCAUCGCCCCGGCCCUCAUGGUCAAACCCACUCCCGUGGAGCUUCCGGAGGCUGAUGGAUUAUUUAAGGACCUCUUGCCGUAUGUGGUGCUCCAGGCGGCACAGGCAUUUCGAGAGCGCCAGGACGUGUUUGUUCAUGAGCAGUUUGAGGCCCUGGUGGGUGCAUUGAACAGCAUGAUGAACAAGUUUUUGAUCGAGCGGAGUUUGCCAGCGGCGAUUGAUGCAAUCCAGCGGCCAGAGGCACUUCCGGCAACGUUGCUCGAGCGCUCGGCGGAAAUCAAAGGCAGAGGUGGAGUCUCGGCGGCACGCGAGUCACUCUCGGAUAUCCAACGAUUGUCGCUACAGGCGAUGAACUUGGUUGGGAAGGCCAGGCAGGCUUUAGAGGCUACUGGAGCGCAGCCGAACGAAGUCGAACGCGGUGAUAGUCUCGUGCGAGAAACUCCAGCUUCCUCACUUUUGGAUGAGGUCGCAUCGCUCGAGACCUACUUCAACCAGGCGCGCGCGGGCGACAGUAUCAUUCAGGAGCACUUUGCCGACCUUACGCCUUAUAUAGAACUCCUCUGCGGAGGUGAACCGGCGCUCCUGGACUUUGUUCCCCACUGCCGCUUCGUCAAGUUGGAUCCCGAGCUCAACCGCGUGAUCAUCGAGUUGCGCGAGGCUGUCAACGAAGCCAACCGCCAGGAAAGCGAGCGUAGCCACUUUCUCAAGGCUGUCGAAGUCAAGUCCCGCGAGAGCAACAUCCUCCCCCAGGUCAUUGCCGAGUACAAGGCGCUGCUCCUGACGAGCCAGCGGUCCUUCGAGCCGGUUUACGACAGACACAUUGCCACGUUCAACAGCGAUAUCCGCGCCUUUCAGGCGCUCCGUGACGCCCAGAUCAGUCUCGAGCAGCAAAUCGACACUCUCAACACUGAGUUCUUGCGUGUGCAGAGCGCGUGUGCGGUUCAAGCUGAGCGCCAGGAGGCGUUGCAGACGUUGGAGAAGGCCUACACGGGUUAUCGAGAAUUGUGCUCCAACAUUACCCAGGGAUUGAAAUUUUACAAUGAUUUUAUGGCAAAGGCAAGCGAUCUUUUGAGGCGGUGUGAGGAAUUUUCCCAGCAAGAGGGACUUUCCCAUAAAGAGAAAUUUACCCAACGAAAGGAAUUUUCCCAGCAAGGAGUUGAAGACGAGUAUCUAUCAGAGGAGGUUUCGGACGAACUGGACGCAGGACCGCCUAUCAAGUCUCCUCGUGCGAGGGGUAGCUUGUGGACACCAGACUCGGGGAUUGGAUUUGACUAG